UGUUAUAAACGAUCUUCGGUCACACACGCCCAGCCUCAGCACCAGCGCAUCCUUUCUCCACGGGAUUUUUGCCCCCUCUGUCCGCACUAAGAUUACAAGAAAACCCGUGAGAAGGAUGAGGCCUUCAUGCUGAGGACAAACACCGCCGGACCUCGUUCUUCUCCUCCAGAGCUCGUCUCUCGCGGUCCGUUAUGUCUUUGAGCCUGCUCCCCCUCUCGCCAUGCCCGCUGCCGCUGCUGAACGCUACCUGCCGCUGCUGCUCUUUCUGCUGUCGCUGCUUUUGAUUUCCUGCCUGGAUGGGGCGGUGAGAGCAGAGGAGGAGGGCGGCGGCCUGCCCUCCUCCUCUUCCUCCUUGCCCGGGGACAAUGGAGUCGUCGCCUCGGUCGGAGACCCGUCUGCCACAGACCCGACCGCCCUCGGGCGAUUUCUCAGCCCUUCGGCUCUGAUAGCAGAGCCUCAGUUCGCCCUUAAAGUCCUGGUGAGGGACCUGGUGACCCGUCAGCCACUGUCGGGGGCUUCGGUUGAUGUUUACCUCAACCACACCCUGAGGAGCUCUGCCCAGACAGGGGCGAGAGGCGAGGUUCUGCUCUGGGUGGCGUUCAGUCCGGGGCUCAGUCUCACCCUGCUGGGCAGCAUGGAGGGCUAUGUGCCCACCCCCCUGCCCUGGAGCACCACCAAGAGACCGAUUUUCUCUGCUGUGACGCUGCUGCUGCUCCCUCACAGCCAGGGGAAUGUCUGGCUGUUUGAAGACUCGGUUCUCAUCACCAGGAAGUUACCUGAUAGUUCAUCCCAGCCUAAGGUUAAAUUCCCCAAGAAUCUCCUCACAAUCUCCAAUAAGGGCAACAUCUCCUCGGUGACAGCGUACCUGACUGUGCCGCAGCACCACCUAGCUAAAGACUGCACCAACUGCACUCCAGGCAUCAUCAGCAACAAAUCAGGGUUCAGAAGUAUCGAGCUGAGGGCAGUGGCAGCCGUCAGUGUCCUGCUGUACUCUGGUGAUGAGGAGCUCCAGGUCCGGGGUCCCAUUCAAAUCAGCCUGCCCCUGGGACACAGAACCCACCUCCGGGCCUCUGAUACCGUUCCAGCCUGGGCCUUCAACCUAAAGACUGGAGCCUGGGAGAAUCAGGGUCUUGGAAUAGUGAAAACGGUUGGGGAUGAACUGGUUUGGACUUACACCGCUUCCCAUCUGGGAUACUGGAUCGCUGCACCCCUGCCCUCCUCAAAUGAUUAUCUGGGACAUGGAAGCACUCUGGAUUUCCUGUCAUACCACACCUACCUGCUGAUAGGAAUACUGGGAGGAAUGCUGGCUAUAGUUAUCGGAUUUCUGUCCUUGCUGCUGUGUCACUGCGGAGGUUCUCAUCGAGAGCCCAGGAGGAGGAGAGCUCGCUUCUCCAAACUCACCGUCGUGAAAAAAGACCAAACCACCUCCACCCACAUGGAGGAGGGUUUGUUGUUUCGAUCUGGCGACAACAGCCUCGCCUCCUGCAGCGUCCAGUGCGAGCCCUCAUCCACGCCGAGGCACAAAGCCAACUACAAUAUCUACGUGGAGGAUCCAGGGAGUCGCCCCACCGCUCCUCUUUACAAAAACAUCGCUUCAGAUCGAAUGAAGGGUCCCCAGCCACCGCCUCACUACAUCAACAGUGAAGAGGUAGCUCGGCUUCGGGAGAAAUCUGAGCAGAACCGAGCCAACAUGAACUCUGACAGCUUCUUUCAAGAUAAGCUGGUUCAUAUCUAUAACCAGCCAGUGGCCAUUAUUCAGGCACCAGAGCUUUUCAGUGCUCAGGAGCAGCAGCUGUCAGGCUGCAAGUCUGCCACGUUCCCCCGCAACGGAGGUGAGUAUGAUGCUCACUCAGAGCCUGCGAGUAAAGACAGCUACACCCAGACACUACCCAAAGUCCCUCACCACCACUCCCAGGGUGGGAGCAGCCCGCAGCAGAGCAGCCAAGAUGAGCCCCAGCCUCUGGAGACUCCCCCCCCAGGCCAAGGCCCUAACGCCAGUGUGUGGGGACGCUACAGUAACCUCCUCGAAUCCUCUGUCUCUGUGCCCGGGACUCUAAACGAGGCGGCCGGUAUGGAGGCCUUCAGCGGUGGGCACGGUGUGCCCAGUGAGCUGCAGGGGAUCUCAGAGCGCACGCUGCUGGAGCUGACCCGGGGCAAGUCCUUGUCAUCUCACCCCAGGGCCUGGUUUGUCUCCUUAGACGGGAAGCCGGCCGCGCAGGUCCGCCACUCCAUCAUCGAGCUCCAGAGCCGCCACCGCCCGCCGAGCAGCAACGACACCAGCCUGGACUCAGGGGUGGACAUGAAUGAGCCUCAGCAGAACAUCCGUGAGACAGAGCGCGACAGGCCUUCGCUCAGGGCCUCCUCUCUGCCGCACCACAGCCGAGGGGGGCGGUACGGCGAAGAGCAGGACCUGAGCAGCAGUGAGAGCGGCACCACUGCUACCUGCACGCCAGAGGACCCUUCUCUGAGGAACAUUUUGGACGGGAGCAGUGGGGCUAUUCCCAAUAUUCCCGAGGAGCGAGAUGGGAUGGAUACAUCCAGCGCUCAGGAGGACAGUGAGUCGAGAGGUACGCCACCUCCACGGCGCCUGAGGAAGGUGAGGGAGAAGGGAAAGACGGAAAAGAGGAGUGCUAAGCAUGUCCGCGAGGGGAGACCUCUGACCAAGCGAAGUUAGAGCAUGGCUCAUGAUCACAUUCAUCCAGACAGGCAUUUUAAUUUCCACUUAAAUGUCCCAUCAGCCAUUUAACCCAUAUCGAUCUUCAUCACAUGGAGUCAUAAGUGCUGAGUGAUCCAAAUUAGUUUUUACCACUUGUGCUCACACAGGCAUUGUUGUUGUUGAGUCAUGUGAUUGUACAACUUUGCCAAAGAAUGCAUAAGCUAGCUAAAGAAAUAAAGCAGGAUCUGUCAUGUUGAAGCAUUACAGUAUGUAGCUGCUGCUAGACGAGUUUGUGCACCAUGUUUUCCCACCAUCCUCCUGAAUCUGAAGAUCACCAGCGAGAUUCUUCACAGCAAAAUGUCCAUGUGAACACGUUAUCCCAUAGUCCCCCCCGGUACUGGCAUUAAAGAGGGUGCCUUCUUACUGCCUGUGAUCAUUACAUGUGAUUGCAUAAGGCACGGUAUGUCUAUAUUUAGUAAAAAUCUGGCGAGUUUGCAGGACGGACACAGAUACAGGUCAAUGUGUAGUGCACUUAUCCUCACCAUAAAUGCCUGCUGUAAAUUAAAUAAGACACAGAAGCUUUCCCAGUUUGUGUUUCGAUCAUCCUGACUCACUCUGGGGUUCAUGUAAAGACUCAUUAUCUGAAUCAGCUCUAUCAGAAAAAUGCAAGUUUUUAAGCUUAUGACAUUAAAUGCUUCAUAUCAGAUUUGCCAACAGCUAAUCUGAUUCUGAGUGUGAUAAUUUAGACUCCAACUCUGGGCCGUGAACGAUAUUUUGGAGUAAAACACUGACGUACAUUGUAAAGCUAAGCUGCCAUUUUGUCACAUCUGAUAUCCAAGGUUUUAAGCGUACGGUUGUUUUAGAAUGCAUGAAAACGAAUGUGUGAAAAUAUUUUUACUUUAGAGCUACAUCAUCAUAGCUGUUAGAUUACUUGGUGAUUGAAUGAUUAUUGAUCAUUGAGAGGAGGCUGCCAAUUGUAAGUAUCACAACAAUAAUACCCCAGGACUUUUAUUCGACGACAAUGGUUAUCACAAUGCAAAAGAAUCACGUGGAAAUUAACCUCAGCUCACAGACACCACAAGAAUUGGUACGAAAACGCGGCAGUGGUUACUUUAUGGCAUUCAUUAGUGUGACUGGAGAGUGUCAUGGUACAACAAGCUAUUGUAAACAGCCUAAUAAAAAGCAGAACUGCUGAUUGCUUUUGGGGGGGGGGAACUGCACAGCUCUGAGGCAACAAUAUGAUAUAUGAAUAUUAACAAUUUACAAUCUUAAAUCAAGAAGCGCAGAACAUUUUUAAAGCUCCCCCAAGGCAUGCAUUGUUUUUUGUUUUCCACGACUGGACUCUUUGUCAUGUACAGUAUUAUCCCCUGCAGCUAUUUUCUUGACAAUACUACACAGUUGGUGCCUUGUAGACUCUACAAGAUAGUUACUGAUGUUAAAAAUCCUAUUUAGUUGCUGAUCACCUGAAAUAUGGAAUGACUUUUUUCGCUUUGAGAGAUAAGACUGAUAGUUUUAAACAUAUUUUUCAAAAUGGAAGUUUAAAAAUAGCUGUGCUGAAGAUAAUGGAAACUGAAAUAGCUGUCAUUAAAUUUUGUAUUGACAUUCAAGCUGCCCAUAGGAUGAAUCCUAUUGUGCACACAUUCAUGUCCCACACAGGGUGAAUUGUUAUCUCUCUGGUGACCCUUUUACUUUUCAUCUAGUGCCAUCAUCAGGACAAAACAAACAACAUUCCCAUAAUUAGCAAAUGCUCACAUCCUAACAUGAUGGUGAACAUGGUAAACAUGCUUAGCAUCAGCAUGUUAGCAUGCAUUUAGCUCAAAGCACCACUCUCUGUUUUAACAAAUAUUUAUACAGACACGUAUCCUUUACUAAACAACAAGGUUAUGUUUUCCUGCCUUUCAUAUCUGUCCUCUUCUAAAUGAUAUGGCAGCUUUUGUCUUGAGUCAAAUAAAGCACACCACACUUUAUAAUAUGUGCCCAUUUGUUACACCGGCACACAACAUUCCCAGAAACGUAUAAAAUCUUCAGUGUAAAUAUUAAAACAAUUACAAAAAAGAAAACUGAUAUUGUUGCCUAUCAGUGAUAAAAGUUUGGCAAAAAAAAAACUAGCAAUAUUUAUCAUAAAUUAAAAUUUAAAAACAAACUCUGCAGCAACAAUUUUGCCAUAUUUAGUCUUCCGUCAUGGUACUACUGUAAAACUUUUUCAAUGAUGAGUUCACUUUG